CCUGGUUGGACGCCCGAGCCGGAGUGUUGUUUUGGGGGAUGAUGGCGGAGGACCCGGCGCUGUCACUCCGGGUGUCGGAGAUCAAGGACCCGGCGGCUCUGUUCGAGCGCUACAACACCGAGGAGAUCCGCCGCAUCGAGCGCAGGGUCCGCGGCGAGAUCGAGCAGAAGAAGGAGGAGCUGCGGCAGAUGGUGGGGGAGCGCUACCGGGACCUGAUCGACGCCGCGGACACCAUCGGGGAGAUGAGGCAGAGCUCCGAGAGCGUGGUCCUCUCCAUCCAGGACAUGCAGCAGUACUGCCAGCGGCUGAAGCAGGAGGGCCGGGCCGCGGGGAGCGGCGGCAGGCCGGAGGCCUCCAGGCAGUGGCAGGAGAAGUUCUACGUCAUGGCCUCCCAGAUUAAGCUCCUUCUGGACAUCCCGGAGCGGAUCUGGAGCGCCAUGGAGGCGUGCCAGUACCUCCAGGCCACGCAGCUCUACCUGCUCUGCUGCCACCUGCACAGCCUGCUGCAGCUGGAGGCCGCCACCGGGGGGCACUACAGCCCCGUCCUCGCCCGCUUCCCCAUCCUGGUGCGCCAGGUGGCGACCACCGGACACUUCAGGUCCACCAUCCUGCUGGACAGCCGCUCCCUGCUGCGGGGCCGGGCCGUGUCGGACCAGGCCAUCGCCGAGGCCCUGGUGUCCACCAUGCUGCUGGAGGACAGCUCGCCGCGGCAGGCCCUUGCUGACUUCCUGCUGGCUCGAAAAUCCUCCAUCCACCAGCUGCUGAACCAGCCGCAGCACGGCGCGGGGAUCAAGGCCCAGGUGUGCAGCCUGGUGGAGCUGCUGGUCACCACGCUGUUCCAGGCCUACGCCGUCUUCUACCUGCCCCCCGAGGGCGGCUCCAGGACCGGGGAGGGCGCUCUGAGCUGCGGCAUGCUCUUCUCCAUCCUGGAGAACGUCACCUCCACGGCGCCUGCAGCUAAAGGCAGGAAGGUGCUGCAGGAGGAGUCGAGCACGGGCAGCUGGUUCGGGUAUCUCCCUCCGUCCAUCACCGAGUUCCAGCCCGCCCUGCGGACGCUGGCUCAGCCCAUCCAGACGGAGCAGCUGAGAGACACGCUGCAGCAGUGGAUCGCCACCUGUAAGGAGGACAUCUGCCGCGGCGUCGGCAGCCUGCUGGUGUACGUGAAGAGCCUGAAGGGGCUGGCGGCCAUCAGGGACGCCGUGUGGGACCUGCUGUCCUCCGACUCCAUCAGCCAGCACUGGAGCACCGUGUGCCAGCGCCUGUUAGAGCGCCCCCUGGCGGUCUGGGACGACUUCCUGCAGCAGCUCUUCCUCCAGCGCCUGCAGGCCAUCACCAAAGAAGAGACGGAAGCCAUCUCUGUGAGCUCGGAGCAGCUGCUGUCCUCGGCGCUGAGAGACCUGGAGGGACAGAGCGGCGCCGGGUCCGGCCCGGGCCGCCUGGCGCAGUACGAGGCGGACGUGGCGUCCUUCGUGUGGUCGGAGUCGCCCGGGGACCUGCUGAGCGACGCGGCCUGGGUGAGCGUGGGCCAGAGGCAGCAGCAGCAGCAGCGCAGCGGCCUGGCCAUGAAGACCCAGGCGCUCACGCCCUGCGUCCAGAACUUCUGCUCCUCCAUGGACGCCAAGCUGAAGACCCGGCUGGACGACCUGCAGCACUACCUGCCCUCGCAGGACGCAGGGCCCGCCUCUUCCUCCUCCUCCUCCUCCUCCUCCUCUUCCUCCUCCUCCUCCUUUAACCGCUUCACCGACUCCCCGGCGGUGGAGGAGGCGCUGCGAGCCGGCAGUGUGGACUGCGUUCGCCACAUCCUGAGCCGCGUGCGCUCGGAGCUGGCCGCGGCGGCGCCGGACCCCGGCUCCGCCCCCCUCUGCUCCGUCCUGUUCAUGGCCAGGCUGUGUCAGUCCAUCAGUGAGCUCUGCCCCAACCUGAAGCACUGCAUCCUGGGUAAACAGAGCGGGCCCGAGGCGGCGGCGGCGGCGGCCGGGACCCACAGGCCGGCCAAGAAGCUGGGCAGAGCCCGGGCGGCGGCGGCGGCGGAGGUAAGCCCCGCCCAGGCCAAGUGGGCGGAGCUGAAGGAGGAGCUGCUCACCUGCAGCAUGGAGGCCUACCGCAUCUGGAGCUCCGCCCUCUCCAAGGCGCUGCUGGAGGACUUCAGGUCGGCGCUGCAUGCUGACUCGGUGGGGGCCAUCCUCGCCUCCGCAACCAACUGGGAGGAUUUAGAAAUCCAGGAGGAGUCGGAGUCCGGGACCAGCGUCACGUCCAAGAUCCGCCUCCCGGUGCAGCCGUCCUGGUUCGUGCAGACGCUGCUGUUCCAGCUGUGUGUGGAGGUGAACAGGGUGGGGGGCCACGCCCUGCCCCGCCCCACCCUGCAGGAGCUGCUGCACGCCUGCCUGGACCAGGCCCUGCAGCACUACCACAGCCUGAGCCAGCGGGACCACAGCAGGGACGGCGUUUUCCCCAUGACUCAGAACCGAGCCCUGCAGCUGCUCUUUGACCUCCGCUACCUCAACUCCACCCUGAGCAGCCGGCCGGAGGAGGCCAAGAGCUCCAGAGCGCAGCAGGACCCGCGGUUCCACGAGGUGUGUGACUGGCUGGAGAGCUUCAUCGACCCCUUCGACCUGGACGUCUUCACUCCUCCGCUCAACGUCAACCUGAACCGGAUGUCCCAGAGGACGUCGGUGCUGCUGGGCCUGCUGACCGGCUCGGAGAAGAGCUUCGUCCCGCGGAGCAGCAGCGUCAACGCCCAGGAGCCGCACAACGUCCUGCCGCUGGCCAGCAGCCAGAUCAGGUUCGGCCUGCUGCCGCUCAGCAUGUCCGGCGCCAGGAAGUCCAAGUCGUCCUCGAAGGGGCCGGACGCCGCCCUGCAGCUGGCCCCCGCCUCCUCCUCGGGCAGCGGCGAGGACUCGUUCCGGCCGGGCAGCGUCUUCAGGCAGCUGGUGGAUCAGGACGAGGAGUCGGCCGCUCCGUCCCUCUUCAAGCUGAGCUGGCUGUCCGGCAUGGCCAAAUGACGUUUCACCGCGCCGCUCUUUUUAGUUGCCUUUGUAGAAACUUUGUAAAAAACACUGUACAGUAAACAUCAGAUGCUCUUUUGAAGUCUUCUGGUCCUCAUUGAUAUGUGGGAACAGUCUCAAACUCAGGAAGGAGGUGAAAAGUUUCACCAGUCUGGUUUAUAGUUUUACACUUAACUUACUGGAAUGAAUGAAGAUUAAAUCAGUCUGAGAUUCCAAACCCAAGCUGUGCUGCCAUGGCUCAACAGCUUCAAAGAUGUGUUCUGCACACAGUUUGAGUCCAAGCAUCAUCUCCGACCUUAGUUUGCUGCUGGUUUGUGUUCAGGAAGUGAAUAGACGACAUAAACAAAGCUAUUUCUUCACACUUCAGUGAAACUGAAUGAAACUGACCACAGGGAAGCCUUCAUCCUCAUAAUAUUGCACUGUAGUGUUAAGUCAUUAAAUUGAAACUGCAGAUAUUCUGGUGCUAAAAG